AUGGCAAAAGCUUCAUCCUCGCGCAAGCCAACGAUCCCAGCCCCUCCGGUCUCCAUAAAGAGCGGCUCCAUUUCUAGCAAUGCUGCCAGCCGAGUUACACGUUCUGCGCCUACCGGGGCAGCUUCCAGAGGUCCGUCCUCGUCUGGUGUGGCAAAGCUCCAAAAAUUGGCAAACGCCUCCAGAGGGAAAGGAUCGUCGACCGACGAGUUCUAUCAGAAAUGCAUAGAGCUCCUCGCAAAGGCCGAUGAGACCUCAAGAAGACAGCAAACCGAUAUGGAGCAAGAACGUCUCGAGGCAUCGCAGAAUUUGCAGCGACUGCGUGAUGAUGCAAGCCAUAUGAAGAGCCAAAUCAACCGGCUCAUGGCCCAGGAGAAGAAGACUCUAGAUGAGAAAAGUGAAUUGGGCAAGCAGCUACUCCAGAUGAAGCAGGCCUUGGAUGCAGCUAGUACCACCAAUCAGCACCAGGUUGCGUGUAAUGAGCUUUAUCCGGUGAUACAACAAGCACAAAGCAGUGUACUCGCGACGGCCAGUGAGGUGGGCAGAAUGCUUGAAAUUUUCCAAAAUAAGCAAAAUGGCCUGUAUUUGCCGGACUCGACGUUGUAUCAGGAUGCCUGGCCGAGCUCGGCCGCUCCGCUUUCAGGGUCGGGUUCGAGUUCCCUUCCAUCGCAUGCUGUGCUGCCAGCCCACCCAUCCUUGGGUACGUCCAAUACACCAUCUCAAUUCGGGCAUUGCGGCUUGGUACCGUGA